GAAGCUUUAAAUGCAAUUUUUAACACAUAAUUUGGUAAAAACUGACUCCAGUAGUGUUACUACACAAACGCAUAUGCUGGCAUAUCUAAAAAUAUAUUUCUGAUCAUAUUUGAAAUUAAUUAAUUACUGACUAUUUUAGUUAUUCAAAUUUUCGGUUUCAUUAAUUUGCACUGCAUUUCUUAGCCACAAAUAUUGAUAAUUUUCAUUUAUAUCAAUAAGUGGUUUACACGAGUUAAAGCAGGGACUUCGCCUACUUUCGCCGUAAGAAAUAGUUACCCAUUUUGUUUAUAUCUUUUCAAGAAUAACACAAUUUUUACAUUUAUUCGACAUAAAUAAAUAAUUUCUAUGUAUUUUCAUGUUUUUAUUUUUAUUACAAUAUGAUAUCUUUUGCAUAUACUGUUUAUUAGAAUCGUUCCGACUCGUGGGGUAAAGAUGGCAUUCGUAGCGCUCCGUGUGUGCCGCCAAUCCUGUUCUCUUCAGAGAACCGGCAUCCAUAACCGGCUGAGCUUGAGUAGUUGUGUCUCAGUUCUUCGCCAAUUUGCUACGAAAAUGUCGCUCCCUAGGGUUUUCUUCGAUGUCAGCGCUGAUGGGCAACCUAUGGGAAGAAUUGUAAUGGAGUUGAGAGCUGAUGUUGUACCCAAGACUGCGGAAAAUUUCCGUGCAUUGUGCACUGGUGAAAAGGGCUUUGGAUACAAGGGUAGCACAUUCCACAGAGUUAUCCCAAAUUUCAUGUGCCAAGGUGGAGAUUUUACCAAUCAUAAUGGCACUGGUGGAAAGUCAAUCUAUGGAAACAAGUUUGAGGAUGAAAACUUCAUUCUGACUCACACUGGAGCGGGUAUCUUGUCUAUGGCUAAUGCUGGGCCACACACAAAUGGUAGCCAGUUUUUUGUUACCACUGCCAAAACUAGUUGGCUUGACAAUCGUCAUGUUGUUUUUGGUUCUGUUGUUGAGGGCAUGGAUAUUGUGAAGAGGUUGGAAGCCUUUGGUUCUCAGAGUGGCAAGACCUCUAAGAAACUUGUCAUCGAUGAUUGUGGUCAACUUUCAUAAAAGUACAUGCAUUUAAUCAGAAAUUUUCGUUUUACCUGCUACAAAAUGAGUUGUGUAAUUUUUCUAAAAUGCUUCUUUGUUUGAUCUAAAAAAGUUCCCCAAAUGCUCAUUUUCCGAAUUAAAAGUACAAAAAGUUUUGUUCUGUAAAUCAAUUGAAAUUCUUGAAAUUUGCAGAUUGGUUAAUUUACUGUGUAAUAAAAUUUUGUGCAACUGCAGUAGUAAUGCCGCAUGAAUGAGCCGUUUCAUCCAUUCCAUUAACCUUAAGUUAUGUUAGGUGAUGGUAUGCCAAAGAACAAUACUAUGUUAUUGUCGAAUAUGACUUGUAAUUGUUCAAGCAAUAGUAACCUCAUUGUAGCUGUAAGUGUUAAGGAUGCAAGAAUUUAAAUACUUCAGAUCUUGUGAUAAUUUAAGUGAUCCAGGUGGUGCAUACCAUAUAUUGGCUAACUGCAAAUAAUGUUUUGAAUGUAACUGGCAUUCCUGAAGUAACUUGCUUGAUUCAACAUUUCACUUUUUAUUGCUGUUUUGUCCUUUCUGUAUUUCACAUUUCAACUAGUUCAGAAAUAAAAGUUGAAUAAUUGACUUCUGCUUUUUAUUUCAACUUAAUGGCAAUAAAAUGUAGGGCAAGUUACUAGUUCUAGUGGUUAAAGCCUGAAUGCAUGAAGUUUGAUACUGUUUCCUUAGGUGUUUGAGUCUUGAAGAUAAGAAUUUUUAGUAAAGCAAAUUUAGAAGCAAGGAAUUUCUGUGGGAUGAAAAGUAAUCAGAACACAAGGUGAUGGGUGCUUGAAUUUAUUGCUAAGAACAGUCAUUACCAGGGAGGAUGUGAACAACAAAAUAUUAAAAUCUCAGGAAUUGGGAACUAAAUGUUCCUUUUAACAAGCCUCAUUAAAAAUUUUCAUCUUCCUGGCCUCUUCUUAAAAAUUAAAUAUGUAGAGAUUGAAACUUAAAAGAAUGGGAAAUGAUCUUUGACUAGAUGUGAUAAAAUCUUUCACUAUUAACUGCUUGAAAACUUGUUCUUGGGUGCACAGUGAUCAGGAAGAGAGCAAUGUUGCAUUGCUGCUGGAAAAGUGCCAGGAAAAAUGGUUGCUGAAAUUAUGAACUAAUAGUUUUCACUCCCAUACAUUGGGAGUUGAAUAGGCGCCAGCCUUUUGGAAUAUUGGGCAUGGGAACACCAUGUCUAGUAUUUAGCUGAUCAAAUUGCUCUACUUGCCAGGGUAAAAAUUGACUGCAUUAGGAAAUUCAUAUUACCUGAAGUGUUUUAUCUAUUGGUCUGCCAAAAAAUA